CAAAUUACUGUUUAUGUCAAUUUAAAUUUAAGUUUUCCGCCUUGUUUUAUUAUGACGAAUUCAAACAAGAGCAACAACAACAUAGCAGAUAAAUAUUUUGUUUUGUUGUUUUUUAUUGUGUUCUCUAUUAAAUGAGUUAAUAAAAUAAGCAGAAUUUAAAAUGAUUUACGGACCUCUUCAUCGUUUUCUUUUACGUUCAGUAAUUAGUCAAGGUGUAAUAUCUUUAUCGGAAGCUGAACGACUUCUUAAUGGAGAAGAGCAACAUAAAUCCUUACAAGAUUUGGUGAAAGAGAUUAAUGAUGCGAUAAGACCUUAUCAACAAACACUAAAAAUUACAAGAGAUGAACUGACUGAUGAAGAGGUCAUUGUAUUUUUGUCACUAGGGUAUGAUGAGGCAACUAAAGCACAAAAUGUGUUCUCAGCAACAGAGUUAGAAUACUUUAGGAUUCUUAUUGAGCAGAUAAUGACAACAGAAGCUAGACAGGUUACCAGUUUAAAUGCCAUUAAUUUGGUAGGAAGUAUGAAAUCAUCCUUUACCAAGACUGAUGCACAAAAACUUCUUAAUACAUGGUGUCGGAUGAGAUAUCUUGAAAAAGAAGAGAACAACUAUGCUUUGGGCGUAAGAGCUAUUCAUGAGUUUGAAAGCUAUUUCCGUCAAAAUAUGCCAGAUGUUGUUGAAGAUUGCUGUUUAUGUAAGCAAAUAGUUCUACGAGGCUUCAAUUGUCCCUCAUGUAGUCUUGCUGUUCACAAUCGUUGUCUUAAAAGAUAUUUAGAAAAAGUUGAAAAAUGGCCCUGUUGUAAGACAGAUUUUAGUGCAUCUCAGUUGGAACAAUUGCGUAAUGCAGACCAAGUGUCACAUACACAACAAUCGCAAGAGUCGGCAGAGUAUAACACUAUAGCAGAACUAACUCAGACAACUACUGCAGAUGUGGACUUAACACAGCAAGCUCAUGAUUCUGAGGGCAUUGUACCAGAGAUUUCACAAAGAAUCACUAGAAAGAGGAAACAUCGUGAGUGAAGAUGUAAGAGUACUUAGUUGGAACAGUUUUUGGUUUGUAGUUAAAUUUUUCUUGAUUUAUUAUGUUUGAUACCAGAGAUACUUGUAUUUGGCAUUUUCUGAUAUAUAUUGAUUACAUAGUAAGGCUAUUAUCACAAAAUUUUCUAGUUGUGAUAAUGAGGCAUUGUUAAUGUUGAUUAAUAAAGUCUUACAUUUCAAAUAUUUAUUUUAU